ACGUCAUUCGAGUGGAGAGGAAACGAAGAAGCCGGUAUCUUUAGAGAUGAAAAUGAAAGUAAUCUCACAUUAAGUCGCUUUAUGAAAAUAGUGUUUUUAACGUUUACUAAUUGCAGAGAGUUUAAUAAAUACAUUUAUUUAUUUUGUAAGGAUGGAUUACACGAAUCAGAGUGGGUUCAGACAGCGUAAGUUACAAGGCAGGGUGAGGAUGAGGGGUCCUGGCUCAGACUCUGGUGAACCCCGCCAGCUUUUCGAUGACACCAGCGCUGGUCAACACAACUCUGGACCUGGCAGCAUGGACAAAGCAGGGAUGGACUACGCAGGACAUGCCAUCCUCUCAGAGCCUAUGUCCAAUUUCGCUAUGGCCUAUGGGAGCAGCCUCGCAAGCCAGGGCAAACAAAUGAUGGAUAAAAAUCUUGACCGUUUUAUCCCCAUCUCUAAACUGAAAUAUUAUUUUGCUGUGGACACCGUUUAUGUUGGCAAGAAGCUGGGACUGCUGGUUUUCCCCUAUAUGCAUGAGAACUGGGAGGUGAGUUACCAGAAGGACACACCAGUAGCUCCACGCUUUGAUGUUAAUGCUCCGGACCUGUACAUUCCCGCAAUGGCUUUUAUCACAUAUGUCCUGAUUGCAGGCCUGGCCCUUGGCACACAGAAUCGGUUUUCCCCUGAGAUCUUGGGGAUGCAGGCGAGCUCGGCUCUGAUCUGGCUUAUUAUUGAAGUUCUUGCCGUUCUCCUGAGCCUUUACCUGGUCACAGUGAACACAGACCUCACCACCAUCGAUCUGGUGGCCUUUUCCGGAUACAAAUAUGUUGGGAUGAUAGUCGGUGUGUUAGCUGGGCUCCUGUUUGGAAAGACAGGAUAUUAUCUCUCGCUAUUCUGGUGCUGUGCUUCCAUCUUUGUCUUUAUGAUCCGAACACUGAGGUUAAAGAUUCUGUCCGAGGCGGCUGCAGAGGGCGUUCUGGUCCGUGGAGCCAAGAAUCAGCUACGCAUGUAUUUAACCAUGGCCAUCGCUGGAGCACAGCCUGUGUUCAUGUACUGGCUAACUUUCCACCUGAUUAGGUAAGAAGUGGAGCUACGUAACGCGAGCAGUGACGAUAAAAGGCACUACACUUCAGACAGGACUGAAACUCACUCAGUCCUCCUCAGAAGAGACUUUAAACAAGGGGAAUCAAUUCGCACAAAUGAAAAGCAUCGUGAAGGCUCAUAGUACAAUAGCAGCUAUGGAUAGCUCAGUUACUUUCUACUUGUAUGUUUAUAAGAAAUGCUUUUUAUGGUUUUGUGGAGGGGUUUUUUUUUGGGUGCAUGAUGAGUGCAAUUAUUUCAUGAUUUUUUUUUUUUUUUUUAAAUAAUGUGAACACUUGAAACACAGGCUGAAAAUGUAUAUUUGAGCCAGUCUGCACAGAUUAUUACAGCCAGGUAACUGUUGGCACCAAAUGGCCUGUUGUGUCUCUGUUUUUGACUUUGUUCAUUUGUAUCUGUAUGUAUAUGCAUUUUUCUGCUACUGAUUUUAAAAACAAAAUACAACUGUACGUAACUACUUUAAAGGAUCAGUUUGGAUUGUUUGUUUGGCAAAUAAAAGCCUGACUUUUUUUUUUAAAUAAUUAAAA